UCUCAACUCUUCAAUAUUUUCUGUGUAAAAUAUAUUAUAUAAUAUUUAUUUAUUUAUUCAUUUGAGAUUAGAAUCAAAGGACACUAACUGGAUGCAAAACUCUAAAACAGCGAAGCAGCUCACUCAAACUCAAUAAUGUAUGUAUGUAUGAAUGUAUGCAUAUAUAUAUAUAUAGAGAGAGAGAGAGAGACAGAGAGAGACAGAGAGAAAGCGUUGAUGAUAAUUUCACUCCCUCUCACAAUCACUCUGCCGAAUCAAAUUGAUAGCGAGAGAAAGACAGAGAGGGAGACGCUGCUGCUAUUUGACGAAUUGAGAGCGUGAGAAGUAUAUUACCUGUUUGUUGUUUGCAGCAGCAUCAGCGACCAGUGCUGUCCAAUUCCAAUUCCGAGGAGGAGGACGACCACUUAGCACCACCAUCCCUAGAAAAAAGCAUAAUCAUUCACUCGUGUCGAGCAGGUUGAAACUACCGGACAGUUUGCCUUGUAUUCUCAGGUAUCCGGAUGAGCUUUAUUCAAUGGUGAGGUUGAAACUGGCGUUAACGGUUUCAGAGAAGCAGAUCCCGGCAGAGCCGCCGCACUGGCGAUUCUGUUACUCUACGCUUUACAAAAUGGAUGGAAGUCACCUCAUAAUUCAGCAGAUUGAUGAGGAUGUUCGUGACGCUAGAACUUCCAUAACCUUCUGGUCUUUCAACAAUUCCCAGUUUUGCAUUUAUGCUUUGGUUCUUCGAGCACUAGACACCAUUGAGGAUGAUUCAACUAUAGCAACUGAGGUUAAAGUGCCCAUUCUACAAACAUUCCAUCGUCGCAUACGAGAUGGAAAUUUUCAUUUCUCAAAUGGUGCAAAAUAUUACAAAGCUCUAAUGGAGAACUUCCAUCACGUCACCACUGCUUUUCUGGAGCUCGAUUGCAGAUUUCAAGAGGUAAUUGAAGACAUCACCAUGAAAAUGGGUGCGGGAAUGGCAAAAUUUAUUUGCAAAGAGAUCAACACGAUAGAUGAUUACGAUGAAUAUUGUCACUAUCCGGUUGGACUUUGUAUGAUAGGAGCAUCGAAGAUGUAUAGUGUUAGCAGAGGAAAAUCUCUGGCUUCAGAAGAUCUCUCCAAUGCAAUGGGCUUAUUUUUUCAGAAAGUAGAUACCAUCAAAGAUUAUCCGGAUGAUAUAAAUAUGAUGCCAAAUCCUCGCAUGUUAUGGCCCCGUCAAAUAUGGGGUAAAUACGUCGACAAACUUGAGGAUUUGAAAAACGAAGAUAAUUCAGCUAAGGCGCUGCUUUGCCUUAAUGAGAUGGUAACAAAUGCUUUAACACAUGUGGAGGAUAGCCUAAAGUAUUUGUCGACUUUGCCAGACCCAGCUAUAUUCCGCGGUAUCGCCAUUUUUAAGGUGAUCGAAUUUGGGACAUUAGCUUUGUGUUAUAAUAACAUUGAAGUAUUCCGAAGUGGUGUGGGAUUGAGACCAGGUCUUGCGGCUAAAAUCUUCUACAACACAAGUUCAAUGUCUGAUGUUUACGAAGCUGUACACGACUUCUCUUUUAUACUUGAAUCCAAGAUUAGCGACAACAAUCCUAACGAUAAAGUGACGAGGAGCCUUAUAGACACUAUCAAGAAAUGUUGUAGAAGUUCUCUUACUUCAAACCAAAGGAAAUCUUACAUUAUUUAAAGCAAUCUCCAUUUGAUGUUGUAUGUUUGUUCAUCGAAGAAUCAACUCAUCUAGAGGAGUGUAUUAAAGUGCAAUGUAACCUUACAAUGUUGCCACCGUCCUUACUAUCUAUCUGGUGUAUACAAUGCAAUAAACUAAAUCAAGAGUCAUUCGGCUCUAUUUCUUUUAAGGUCUGGAUAUAAUAUUGUACAAUUCAUUUAAGAAUUCCUUUUCUAAAAUCAUCAAAUUAAUAUUAUUUCAAUUCACAUUUAUAUUA